AUGUUCACUCUGGACGCGCCGCUUGCGCCAGCAAUUGACGCGUUCGUGGACCCCGAGAACGACGAUGCGACGCAGAAGACGGGACUGAACACGGUCGUGAUGCAGGUGCACCGCCAGGUCCCGAUCGAGACGCUCGUCCAAGCGCUGGGCGCGUACUUGACCCAUGACGACGACAAGAAGCGCUUUCGGGCCACGUUGUUGCUGGCCGAAGUGCUCACGCGUCUGCCCGAGUUGCCGCUCUCGCCCAGUGCCGUGGAGCUCCUCGUUAGCUUCUUCUCGGACCGUCUGGCCGACUUUUCGAGCGCGCCAGCCUGUCUCCGGGCGCUGGUAGCGCUCGAGACGCACCACCGAGCGCAAGGCUCGUCGCCACGCACUGCUGUGGACCUCGUCUUGAAGCUGGGGAGCUCGCUGCACAUCCCGCAAUUGGGCCAGGCCAUGCGCAAAUUGUGCUUUGAAUUGAUGCAGCUCGCGCUGGCCCAAGAGACGGUCGUGGAGCUGCUGCUGCUGGAAUCAGUGCCCAGUACUACCCAGAACGAUGAAGACGAGGACGGUGAUGGUGCCGUAGCUGCUGCUGAUGGCGAUGUUAAGCCGUGUGGAGGAGACGAGCUUGGCCGACAGUUUGCUCAGACUUUUCUGAGUGCUAUGGAAGGAGAAAAGGACCCGCGCAACUUGCUGUUGUGCAUGCAGGUGGCACGCACGCUCUUGUCCAAGCUGGAGCCAGUGUUCUCACGCAGUGCUGCGUUACUGCAGCAGUACUUUGACAUCGUCUCGUGCUACUUUCCGAUCAUUUUCACGCCACCACCAAACGAUCCAUAUGGCAUUUCGUCGGAAACACUGAUCCUGUCACUACGACAUGCGUUCGCAGCGUCCGACUUGUUGGCUCCGCUCGUGCUGCCGUUCUUGCUGAAGAAACUCUCGUCGACAGUGGUAGAGGCAAAGCUUGAUGCUUUGCAAACGCUGGUGUUUUGCGGCGAGCGAUACUCGGUGAAUGCAAUGCUGCUACAGAUGCAUGAAGUGGCUAUGGCGCUAUAUAACGAAGUGCUGGAUGGGGAAAAGCAAGAGAUUAUUGCUGAAGCUCGUCGAGCAAUCUCGCGGCUAUCUGGAGUUGUCGCGCGCGCGAAGUCGCAUGGCAUGCCGGGUGCGACGUAUGCAUGGAGUAAAUUCGUGGCGGACCUGGCAGCGCGUGCUGCGGACCAACUUCGUGAACAUGCUGCCGACUCGAUGGUGAGCGUCUCGGCUGGUCAGAUAUUGGCGGCACUAGGACACGAUUCAGCGCUCAGUCUUGCGCAUGUUCUCGACGUCGCUGUACCGCUGCUGGUGGAGCAGCUUGGUAACGAGAGUUCUGGAAGUGAGAGCAUUCCGUCAAAGUAUGAAGCUACGCUGGCGCGCACUCUGCUUCUAGUGGACAUGAUCGACCGGGAGAUUGAUCAGAGUGGUCAAGCGCAACCCAUGCGUCCACACGCACCUGCUCUGAUUGACGCGCUGGUGUCUUUCCUUAGUAUUGAUCAGGAUUCUCAGCUGAACGCCGGCAGCAGCCCGACCGCACGUUGCAUAGCAGUGAGAGCGCUGUGCCAUCUCCUCACUUUCCCGCCGUCACCUAUCGUGGCACCCACGCAGGUCAAAGCGCUUGUCAACUUGCUGACUCGUCUGUUGCUUCUCGAUCCUGCAGUGGAGGUUCGAGAUGCCUGCUUACAAAGCUUGAAGGAGAUCUCGACCGUGUCGGUAACAUCGGUGUCGACGAUAGGUAGUACGGAGGGUUCCGUCUCGUGUGGGUACGCCUUGUUUGUGGUAGACAUUUCGCUAGCAAGGCUCAUGGCUGCGAUUAACCAAGGAAGUGACCACGAAGAUGACGAUGACGAAGAUGGUGCUGGAGUAUCUGCAGUUCUGACUGCGUCCAACCGCACGUUUGAUUCGUUCUUCGAAGAGGCAUUACUGGCCAUCACUGAGCUUUGCCGCGAGUCGUGUAUUUUCCAGGCUACCAUCUUUCUCCUCAUCGAUUUGUGUGUGGAGAAGAUUGACGGGAAAGAGAGCGGUGUUCGGUUCUGUGGAGCGGAUGGUGACAGUGCCCGCCAGCGUCGUGUAAACUGCCUCCUCGAUGCGGUGGCCAAGAUUGUGGAGAUUAAUGCAACCGACCGCACCAGCAUGGAAUUCUGUGCUCAAGCGUCGCUGACGAAUUCCAUCAUUUUCAGGUUGCUCGCAGCAGUGGAGACGUCUGCCGCUUGUGCAACCAGUUCUUCACGUGGUGGGCAAUGUGGUCUCGUGGACGAUACAAAGCUUGCUGCUUGUGUCCGGAUCUCCCGUGCAGUCAUGCAGAAUGUGUGUGCAGCCACUCAACAGCGCUUGAUCGACGCGGUCGUGCCAGCGUUCUUGCGCACACGUUCCUCCGAGCCUGCUAGUCUGCAACUUGUUCCGCUUUUUUCUGCGGUCAUCGACUCAGCAGCUCGUGAGGUGGCUCUGCCGGAUACGUCUUUGGUCAUCAACCGACUACUCGAGCUCGCACAGUCUAGUGCUGCUGCAAUGUCCGAGACUGUGCCUCGCCGGCUCCACAGUGUGCACACGGAAGCUGCACUAUCAGCGGCUAAAUCACUGGCCUCAAUUGUGAACAAGAUGCCGGACGGCGCUGAGCUCGAUAUGCUCGUUGACUCGCUGCUUUCUCAACAACUUGCGGGUGUGAUAUGCGGUCCCAGCGAGGCUUUCAAUGUGCGGGUGGCAGCACUGAAGAUCUACGCCUGGGUUGCGAAGGCGCUGCUUAUUCGAGGCCACAAGGUUCAUGCGCCAGUGUGCUUGCGCUUCCUUUGCAGGUUCCUCACACCCGGGAACGAGAGCGAUCACGGUGACGUGAACAUGGAACAAGAAGGGAACGGCCAGGAAGUGUCUGCCUUACAAAUGGAAGUCGCCAAGACCUUCAAACUGCUGGUAUCGGAGUACCCAGAUGUGCUGAAUCGCAAGUGUGGGGCGUACAUCACGUUCCUUUACAAGCAACGGAUGUUUGAUCUAGUGUUCCCGCUGCUGUUCCCGUUCGUUCGUGCCCACGCAGACGAGGACAUUGGCGUGCCAGCUCUUAUCGCGUUCGCGCAGGUGAUCGCACAUUCGCCCAAGGCCGUCUACGUGCCUCAUUUGGCCCAAAUCUUCCCGCUCAUGGUGCGUGCUCUCAACACGGACGACCGCGAGCUAGGUAGCGCUGCUAUCCAGACAUUCAAGCCGCUGCUUUUGGAUUCUGUUGAGAGCGCAAAGCCGUUCCUGAAGGACGUGUUUCCGGGACUGCUCAAGCAAGCGCAGUUUGGGCCUGGUGCUAAAGAUCGGUAUGCUGCGCUGGAGUGUCUUGCGAAGCUGGCUACGAUCCCCUACGAGCUUGUGCACCCCUAUAAGGACACUGUGCUGCGAAAACUCGUCCUAGUACUGGAUGAUCGCAAACGCCUCGUGCGUCACAUGGCCGUUCGCGUGCGCAAUAAAUGGAGCAUCUUGUAG